GUGGAUACACGACUCUUAUGAGUCCCUCCGUGCCUCACUGAGUCCCUCACGGUCCCGAGUGUUUUUCUCUCAUUUUUUCUUUUGCAACACACGAGACACAGAACCUCACAAUACAACAAUACAACAACCACAACUCGAAAGAUGACCUACACGGAAUACUCCCAAAUCUACAGCCCUGAACAUGGCUCCGGUGGCCUCAUUAUAAUGGAACACAGCCUUGCCUUCUUUAGUCCAGGCUGCUUCAUUGAAUGCAAGUACAGUGACAUUUCCAGCACUCGGCUGGUGGCUUCCCAACAAACAAUCGAAGUUGUCCUCAGCGUCUCGGUCUCUCUGUAUCACUUUGUUCCGCGAGACAAAGAGAAUUGUUGUGAACUGGCAAAUCAAGCUCGAAAAGAGAUCGAAUUCUACCGCAUACAAGAAAGGGAGCACUGCGACCAAGCGGAUGACGAGACGGAAAUUGUGGGGGGCAACACAGACAAUCCCGUGGUCGGGGAUGGAUACAGCGACGCUCUCUCCGUCCAUUCCGACGUGACAGAAGACACAGAGGAAGUACAAGCUUCUCGGGGUAUGGACGCUUCGUGUCCCGCAGUUGGUGAGGGAUGCAGUUGCGAUAUUUCUGCAAUGUCUGACGUGACAACACCCACAGAACAAGCAGAGGAGGAGGAGCAAGGGGAAAUCUCCUACUACAGCAUGGACGAAUCAGGUGAAUCUGACGAUGUGGGCAUGGAUGAUUUCUUUGUUGAUUAUGGGCAUUUGCGGCUCAUGGAGUGCCUUGAACACGAUGAUGACGAGGCAUUGGUAGCCGUGGAGAACUACGUUCCGUGCGCCGAUGACGAUGUGGGUUGCGACCAGCAAAGAUAUUUGAUUUCUGCGGAAUAAAUAGUCUUCGAGGGAACACUCCCAUUCGGGAAAGGAAGUAUUUACACGAAUAGAAAAACCAGACUAUAGAACAAAGCAAAGCAAAGCAAAGCA